UGUUCCUAGCGGUUAGUGCUGAUUUUGUAGCUGGUGUGUAACGUGGCAGGCGACUGUCGAUUAUUCCAGAGCUGGUCUGGUGUUUUUAAGACGCAUUUAUUGCUCGUGUUUUCCGCUGCGUUCAGUGACAGUGGGACGAAUCAGCUUCGACGUAGACGUGGUCAGUUGGCGUGCCCGGACUCGGAGCGUCUGCAUGAUUCUCCCGCAACAGUUUUGCCCUGACCCAUUUCCCAUCGACCUGCGGUUAAAUCGCUGACUUUCGCCGCAUUGCUGUGGAUUGUACCCUCCUCUGAAAGUUGAAGACGUGGACGGGGCUCAAGAUGUCUGUUGCGGGCUUGAAGAAGCAGUUUUAUAAAGCCAGUCAGAUGGUCAGUGAGAAAGUUGGAGGUGCAGAAGGAACAAAGCUGGAUGAGGACUUCAAAGACUUGGAGCGGAAAGUAGAUGUGACUACUAAAGCUGUGGUGGACGUCAUUUCCAAAACUUCAGAAUACCUUCAGCCCAAUCCAGCAUCGAGGGCCAAGCUGUCCAUGUUAAACACCAUGUCCAAAAUCCGGGGUCAGGUAAAGAAUCCAGGUUACCCCCAGGCUGAGGGGCUUCUCGGAGAAUGUAUGUCCAAAUACGGACGCGACCUCGGCGACGACACAAACUUCGGUGGAGCACUGUUAGAAGUAGGUGAGGCCAUGAAGCGACUGGCAGAAGUGAAAGACUCUCUAGACAUUGACGUCAAACAGAACUUUAUUGAUCCCCUGCAAGGCCUUUGUGACAAAGACCUCAAGGAAAUACAGCACCAUCUCAAGAAGAUGGAAGGGAGGCGUUUGGACUACGAUUACAAGAAAAAGCGUCAAGGCAAAAUCCCAGAAGAUGAAAUUCGACAAGCGCUGGAGAAGUUUCAUGAAUCAAAGGAAGUAGCCGAGACCAGCAUGUACAACCUCCUGGAGACUGAUAUAGAACAGGUGAGCCAACUGUCGUCUCUGGUGGAGUCUCAGCUUCAGUAUCACAGACAAGCUGUUCAGGUGCUGGAUGAACUUUCGGACAAACUCAGUGACAGGAUGAAGGACGCACAGUCCAGACCCAGGCGUGAAUACACACCGAAACCCAAACCCAUGUUUUACUACGGGGAUGACCACCACUCGAACGGCGGGUUUUCAACUUCAAUGGCUCCUCCACCCUCACGCAAUUCAGCUCCGGAGCAGCCCAGCUGCAAGGCCAUGUACGACUUCGAGCCGGAGAACGAGGGCGAGCUGGGCUUCCACGAGGGAGACAUCAUCAUCCUGACCAACCAGAUCGAUGAGAACUGGUACGAGGGAAUGAUCAACGGCCAGUCCGGUUUCUUCCCCCUCAACUACGUGGAAGUCCUGGUUCCGUUGCCGCACUAGAGCUUGUGAGGAGAGAGAGAGAGAGAGAGAGACGGGUGUAGAGUUUCACCUGGGGGGAUAAGUUGUUGUGGUUCACGUAAUUUCAUUAAUGACUCCAGUGUUGAUGGUCACAUUUCAGGGUCCGGACCCGAGCCGGUAUCAGCAGGUCAAAGGCCACACAAUGUCACACAGUGUCAGUUCACUGAUGCCGCCACAGAUGAUACAAAAAGUUGCAAAGACUGAGGUCGAUAAAGUCUUCCUCAUUUGUUGAUAACUCAGGUCGGCCGCCAUUUUAACAGCUGUCAGUCCCUCAUGCUCUUCCUGUCUGUAAACUUUCAAACCUCCAGAACUGGAGCUUGUCUCAUCAUACCCCCAUGUGGCGAGACUGAGAAUUGCCUUCGCAUGUCAACAGCAGGUUUACGUUGGUAUCAACUUCAAGUAGUUACAACUAGCUGAUGUUUGGAUUGUGUAGUCGGAGUGUGUGAGCCUUUCAUGUUUUAGCCGACACGUUCAGACGCCUUCCAGUUCUGCGUGUUUCACUCUUCAUGCAGGGCUUGGAAGGAGCCGAGCUGCCUGGCGAGUCUGCGCGGAGGCUACAUUUGCACCUUGCUACUCCAAUGAGAUUGAGUGAGCGUGAGACAGACCCAAAGUGAAAUGCAGACGUUGCACCUUUUAGUCACCCAUGGCACUCGUGAUAUAGUCUGCUGAGUAGAUGAGCCAAAACCUCACAAAGCGCCGCUAACAGCCAUAUCUUGUCCGUUCAAACUGCUUCUGUCCGUGGUCAGUGUUUCGUGGCCUGCUCUGGAUGAGACGGCGCUGCGGGCAGCGUCCUACACACGUGCCACUCUCUUGAAUCACUUUUUGCUAAAUGUGAACGUCAUCAUGAGCCAUGUAUCAUUCUUUCCUCUAAUAUUCAGUUGACAGCUUUUUAAACCCUAUUUUAACUGUUUCUGUUCAAACACUAAUGAGUUCUUCUUCUCCUGUUAUUUUUGAGGACCAACACGUUUAUUUGUUUAUGGUGAAGAUCUACCUGAUCUGUAAAGUUCAGGCUCAACUGAACUGGGUUGUGUGACGUUGCAGAGUAAGUUUCAGUGGACUCUGUGGUCCAGUAUGAGACCAUUUCAUUCACCCUCCCAGCGACGCGUCGACUGAGAGCUGAGCAUAUUUUCUGAUCGCCAGAACGGCAAUACAUGUUUGAAGUUCAGCACUGUCAGCGUGAGCACAGGGCACCCCAUCCUGUCAUGGAACGUUUCUAUACUGAAACGGCACUUUUUAAUCUGUAUUUUGGAACAAAAUAUUUGGAAAAUAAUUUUAAAAAAUGAAUAUAUGAUUUCAGUUGAUAUUAACCGAACGAAUGAUACUUUGCUCUACAGUCAAAAAAACGUUUCCCGAUAUUAUGGAUCCAAUAGAGGCUGUUUAGCAUUUGUGUCGCUGCUGGAUGGAUUGUGAUCACAAUGGUGGCUGCAGAGGAGUCUGGUGUGUUUGAGGGAGAGGAGGGAUUAAAGGGAAGCCCUGGCUGCGUUCACAUGAAAGACAGUAGAUCUCAGUUUAGACAAGUUGUAGAAUAUUUCAGACACAUUUCACAGUGUGCAGAUUUAUUUUCCUCCUCUGGAGUUGGAAGCUGCCUUUUUAUUUUUUUUGAACAGACGCCGGCGUCUACCAAAACACACUGCUGUGAAGGUCUGCCAUGAUUGUUGGGUGGUAACUUCACAGCCUUCGUGUGAACGCAGCCAGCUAGGGAGCAUGGUCCUUCCCAAACAUUCGUCUGUGAUUGACAAAUAUGUGCUGUCUCACUUGUUUGCAGUAUCUCUGCUGCAUGUUUGCAUCUGGGCGUGAGAGAUUCUGACGUGUUUACAACUAAUAUUGUUCCUUCUAGAUGUUUGUGCAGGUCCUGGGUGAAAAAAAAAAGUUUGGGGACUGCAUGGUGAUAAAAAUGUCAGUGCCUUUCAGAGUAACCAAAACGUAACCAAGCUUUUGCUUAGUUUGAAGCCGUCAGCACUUUCCUGUAUAGAGCUGCGAACAUGACACUAUGCCACUCGAAACAUGUCGCCUUCUCUGUUCCGCAUUGCUUUUAUUUGAUCAGUCUUAAAUGUCAUUUGCAUCAAUUACUCCGGCUCACUAUAGUGUUAUUUCUUUUUUUUUAUAUACAAAACCUUUAAAACAAAUAUUUGCAUGUAGUCAUUUAUUACACCUUGUUUUAGAUUUAUUUUGUCUUAACUACACUAUUUCUUGUCAUCGUUAUACUUACGUUUGUGUCCUCUCCUUGUCAUAAAUAAA